AUGUCCAAAAAGCAAGCUGAGGACUUUAAAAAAGGCGUUCUCGCCUUACAACAAAAAAGAGAUGUCCGGCUCCGAACCUUAGACACGGAAUUCGGGACUGCAAAGGCAGUUCUCGAAAACGCAGAUAUCAGCGAAGAUGAUAUUGCCGAAGUGGAGGGACAUAUUGAGGAGAUGAACGAUCUGUACCAGACGAUACUUGAAAUGAACGAACAAAUUGAGAAGCAACUAACCGACCUGAAAGAUAGUGACGCCAUCGACAAGGAAAUUACCGACAGCAGUGCAAUUCGCAGUCAAAGUAGAAUAAAACUGCUGAAGGUCAAGAAUUCGUUAGCUCGACAAACAAAACGGAAUACGACUUCGAGCCCAGAUGUCACAACCGACAGAAGGAAGAAUAAGACCGCCCAGUUGCCGAAGCUAAAAUUACCGAUAUUUGAUGGUAAAUUCACGGCGUGGACAGCAUUCUGGGACGCCAUCGAGGCUGACGUCAUCAAAGGAGACUACGCGGACAUUACAAAAUUCAAUUACAUAAUAGGACAACUCACAGGGAACGCCAAGGAUGCUAUCACCGGACUACACCCGUCCGGAGAAAAUCUACCAGCUCUCAUCCAACUAUUGAAAGACAGAUUCGGUCAACCAAGGAAAAUAACGAGAGCUCACGUCUACAACCUCCUUGAUAUAACUCCGCCAGGGGGUCACUACGCCAGCCUCCGGGAAUUUCACAACAAGAUUCUUGGUGACAUACGGUCACUUGAAAAUAUGGAUGUAUCAAUAGAACAAUGUGCAACCUUUAUAGUUCCUGUCAUUGAAAGAAAAUUACCCAAAUUUCUGCGCGAGAAGAUCGGUACCGCCGGUCAAGGAGACCGUUUCCAGGUUAAAAAUUCAUGGAUCGAUUCACUGAGGAAUUAG